CAACACCGCCAAAGUCACGUGACAACUAGUUUCAAAAAUGGCGUUUCUUUCACGAUGUUUUUACCGUCGGAAGAGGAUCAUUGUCAUACUGAGCUUCGUGUCCAUGUUCUGGGUCAUCUACCUCUACUUAUCUAUUCCUUCACCGACAACAGGUAAAACCCAGGAGCAUGUGAACCAUAUAAAAGAAAUUAUAACACUACGAAAGAUUAUAUCCACAACAGUACACACGAAAUCAUUAUCACAGGUGCCAAUCAAAUUCACAAAACCUAGUAAACCACCCUUGAAAAAUAUCACCAAAAAUGAAACCAUCGUAAAAAAAAGCCAAUUAGACAAAGUAUUACAAAUUGGAGAGACAUUAAAAAACAAAACACUGGAAAAACUGUCAGCGAUCGGUGUGAUAAAGACUCGUCCAGUGAUAAAGUUUAUAAGCGAGUCUUUCAAAUUAGAUCUGAACAUCACGAUGAUAGAUCUCGCAGACUUCAUGAAAGACACUCAUAACUUGAACCAAGUCAAAUUAACGAAAGGAGAUAUAAAAAAAAAUAUACCUUUGCAAAACAACUCCACUAAAACAGUGUCAAAUGGUACUGCGGCCAGUUUGCUAACGAACAGUUUCUGUCGGUGCUUUCACGUGCAGUGUGUCUGUUGUGCUUGGAUUAACAUGACUAGACUGCACCUUAGUGAGAAAGCAUGUGCAAAUUUUACACUUUUACCAAAAUUUCAAGAAUUUGCAUUCCGCUUUGUCUUCAACAACAAGCUUGUCUAUAAUCAAACUAUCACAGCUGAAAAUCCUCCACUCAUCUGUCUCGGCUCAAAGACUAAAGCUGCCGAGAUCUGUGUGAAGUUCUCCAAUGUGACAUUCCAAGUGAAUGUGCACGAAGAACACAAGACCCAACUGAACGGCUGCGCUAGUUUCAAUCUGAACCUGUUUAACCGGACAAUCGGCGUCUACCCAGUCGGCUGCUUCCAGAUCCCUGACAACAACAAACAUCUCGAACGUAACCAGCUUGGCAACUGGAUGCCAUGAUGAGAAGAAGAGGAGGUAGGAGUAACAAGGAGACAGUCACCCAACCAGUGAACACCCCUCACUGCAAGCUUAAGAUGGACUCUUCUAAGCAGGAAUGCAUGUGUGAGUGGGUGAAACCAUGAGCAUGUGUGUAUGUAUGUAUGCAUGGGCAUAAGUACAUGCAUACAUGUGUAUGUGAAUAUGUAUAUACAUUUUAAGAUAACUAUUAUGUUUUAAUUUGUUUUGUUUUUUUAAGAAUACCUGUUCUUUGUCUCUCAUAUAUCUGUGUGUGUGUCUAUAUAUAUAUAUAUAUAUAUAUACAUAUAUAUAUAUAUACAUAUAUGUAUAUAUAUGUGUGUAUAUAUAUAAAAACCUAACCUUGUUACAUUAUGACAAAUUGAGUGUGUGUAAGAAUUACAUUAAGGGUAACAAAUGUAUGUGGAAUACUUAGUCACACUAAAAUUGAACAUGUGAUUCAUUAUGCAUACACAUGUGUGUUUGUAUACAUGUUUGUGAAAACACACACACACAUGCGCGCGCGCACGCACACACACACACACAAAGUGGAAAUGAAUGCACUAGCUGUGUCAAAAUUGUUUUUUGGCUGUGGCUCUUAAUAGUUUUGGCAUUAAACUCUCUCUGCUGUGUGAUCCAGUAGGGUUCUAUGCAGCCCAUAUAGGGUUAUGAUGUAAUAAAAAGUGCAUGUUUAUUAUGAGGGAAAAACAUGAAGCAUGGAUUUGGUAUUCCUGCAUUUCGUCAGUUACAUAUGCAACAGAAAUAUGUGUAACACAUGAAAUGAAGAAAUAUCAAAUUUAUGCUUUGUGCUUUUCUCUCUCUCUCUCUCUCUCUCUCUAUAUAUAUAUAUAUAUAUAUACACACACACACACACACACACACACAUACAUAUAUACAUACAUACAUAUAAAACUACACACUCAUACAUAUGUAUGUAUAUGUGUGUGCGUCUGUAUAUAUAUAUAUAUAUAUCAAACUUAAUGCAUAGACACUGUUGUCAAGCCCGUUAUUGCAGUAUUUGUCCAGAGAUAUUCUCUCUUAUGGACAUGGUGUGUUAAAAACACAAUAAAUAUCAGAGGGAAAUGGAAACUUGCCAUAGCUGCAGACUGAGAACACUAAAUAUAUGUUGGCCUUUUGGGACCUCAUGAAUGAUAAUACAUGUCAGUCACAUGCCAAAACAAAAAUUCAUCAUCUCCAAUAUAAGAAACUGAAUGAAACAUUUACUGAUGUUGAAAAUAGCUGUCCAGCUGAAUAAAAAUUCAGUAUAUGCAAUUGAGGCAGUAUUUUAAUUAAAAUAACCAACUGUGUGUUAUACUUAAUGUACAGACAUUGUUAAUUGGCCAGUUACUGUGGUGUGUAUAUGUAUGUGUGUGUAUAUAUAUAUAUAUAUAUAUAUAUAUAUAUACAUAUUUAAUAUUUAAUAUCAUCUGAGUAAUAACCUCAUAAUGAGUAUUUUAAAACUCCUUUAUGGUUAUCAUGUAUGAUGUGCUAGUGCACAGUUGCUGCUGGGACAUAUUUAUUUAUAUAAUAUUUCAUGUAACAGUAUGAUAUGGAAAACUCAGCAGCUAACAGCUGUUAGCAUUACACAGAAACAAUUGUUGUGAUUUGUGACUAAAGAGCCUGUUCAUUCCGAUGACUGUGUGUGUGUGCGUACAUACAGACAGAGAAACUGUGUGUGUAAGAACAAAAGAAUAUGACCUCGAUAUUGUUAGAAAUAGAGGAUUAAAUUUAUUAAAUGACACAGACAUGGAAUACUUACAUUCAGAACUCAGAGUUUCUUAACAGCAAUUUAUCCAAUACACGCUGUCAUUCUGUUGCAUGUCUGUGUCAGUAAAUAUAUAUAUGUAUAUGUACACACACAUACAUACAAAUAUAUUAGGAUGCUUAUACACUUGUGAGACAUUUAUUGAAAAAAAAACCCACUCUUCUCUCACCUAUUUGUCCCAUCACCAUUCACCCACCCAUUCCUGCCUUCAUCCUCUCUAUUGAAAUAAAAC